GAGAGAGAGGGGGCGGGGUCGUGCGCGCCGCCGCUGAGCGAGCUUGACCCUGAGCAUCUGCAAACACACGCAGCGGACAUCACGUAGACUAAUAUCUCCGGUACACGGGACCUAAUACUACACACGAUGUCUAAGCCACUGACGGACCAAGAAAAGAGGAAGCAAAUUUCCGUGCGAGGACUCGCCGGGGUUGAAAACGUCGCAGACCUCAAGACCAAUUUUAAUCGUCAUCUACACUUUACUUUGGUGAAGGACCGUAAUGUUUCAACCAAGCGCGAUUAUUACUUCGCCCUGGCGCACACGGUCCGUGACCAUUUGGUGGGAAGAUGGAUCCGGACGCAGCAACAUUACUACGAGAAAGACCCGAAACGUGUGUACUAUCUCUCUCUGGAAUUCUAUAUGGGACGGACCCUUCAAAACACCAUGGUUAAUUUAGCUUUGGAGAAUGCCUGUGAUGAAGCCAUCUAUCAGUUGGGUCUUGAUAUGGAGGAGCUUCAGGACAUGGAAGAGGAUGCUGGCCUGGGAAAUGGAGGCCUUGGUCGAUUGGCAGCUUGCUUCCUUGACUCUAUGGCAACCUUGGGACUUGCAGCUUAUGGUUAUGGAAUCCGCUAUGAGUUUGGAAUCUUUAAUCAGAAAAUUGUUCAAGGCUGGCAGGUGGAAGAGGCAGAUGAUUGGCUGCGCUAUGGCAACCCUUGGGAAAAGGCUCGCCCUGAGUAUAUGCGUCCUGUGCAUUUCUAUGGUCGAGUGGAGCACCACCCUGAUGGAGUCAAAUGGGUGGACACACAGGUUGUUCUUGCCCUCCCUUAUGAUACACCCGUCCCAGGAUACAGAAACAACAUUGUUAACACAAUGAGGCUCUGGUCUGCCAAAGCUCCGUGUGAAUUUCACCUCAAAGACUUUAACGUUGGUGGUUACAUUCAGGCUGUACUGGACAAGAAUCUGGCUGAGAACAUCUCCCGUGUGCUUUACCCUAAUGACAAUUUCUUUGAAGGCAAAGAGUUACGUCUUAAGCAGGAAUAUUUUGUGGUGGCUGCGACUCUUCAGGACAUCGUCCGCAGAUUCAAAGCAUCAAAGUUUGGCUCGACUGAGGUGGUACGGAUGGAUCUGACCAAACUUCCAGAUAAGGUAGCUAUUCAGUUGAAUGACACCCAUCCUGCAAUGGCGAUCCCUGAGCUGAUGAGAAUCCUGAUGGAUGAUGAGAAAUUGUCCUGGGAGACGGCAUGGGACAUCACUGUGCGUACCUGUGCGUACACAAACCACACUGUCCUGCCAGAAGCUCUGGAGCGCUGGCCCGUCGACCUGUUCCAACACCUUCUGCCCCGCCACCUGGCUAUCAUCUAUGAGAUUAACCGGCGUCAUAUGGAGCGUAUCGCUGCACUCUACCCUGCUGAUUUUGACCGUUUGAGACGCAUGUCUUUGAUUGAAGAGGGAGGUCAGAAGAAGAUCAACAUGGCUCAUCUCUGCAUCGUUGGCUCUCACGCAGUUAAUGGAGUGGCUCAAAUCCACUCCAACAUCAUCAAAGACACUGUUUUUAAGGACUUCUAUGAGGUGGACCCACAGAAGUUCCAGAACAAGACUAAUGGCAUCACACCCCGUCGCUGGCUUGUCAUGUGUAACCCUGGACUGGCUGAAGUCAUCGCUGAGAGAAUCGGUGAGGACUACAUCCGUGACCUGAGUCAGCUGAAGAACCUCCUGAAGUUUUUAGAUGAUGACGCGUUAAUUCGAGACAUCGCAAAAGUCAAACAGGAGAAUAAGAUGAAAUUUGCUGUGCAACUGGAAGAGCAAUAUAAAGUGAAGAUAAACCCCAACUCAAUGUUUGACGUACACGUGAAAAGGAUCCAUGAAUACAAAAGACAACUGUUGAACUGUCUUCACAUCAUCGCUCUCUACAACCGCAUCAAAAAGGAGCCAAACAAGGCCUGGACUCCAAGGACAAUUAUGAUUGGAGGAAAGGCUGCCCCCGGAUAUCACACAGCUAAAAUGAUCAUCAAACUGAUCACAGCAAUUGGAGAAGUGGUAAAUAAUGAUAGUGUCGUGGGAGAUCGUCUGAAAGUCAUCUUCCUUGAAAACUACAAGGUCACGCUGGCUGAGAAAGUCAUCCCUGCGGCUGACCUGUCCGAGCAGAUCUCCACUGCAGGAACAGAAGCAUCUGGAACUGGUAACAUGAAGUUCAUGCUGAAUGGAGCUCUUACCAUUGGAACCAUGGAUGGGGCUAAUGUGGAGAUGGCAGAAGAAGCAGGAGAAGAGAACCUCUUCAUCUUUGGCAUGAGAGUGGAGGAUGUUGAUGCUCUGGAUAAGAAAGGAUAUGAUGCCAUGGAGUAUUAUAACCGAAUUCCAGAGCUGAAGCAAGUAAUGGAUCAGAUCUCUUCAGGAUUCUUCAGCCCUGAAGAGCCUGACCAGUUUAAAGACAUUGUCAACAUGCUGAUGCAUCAUGACAGGUUCAAGGUGUUUGCUGACUAUGAGGACUACAUUAAAUGUCAGGACAAAGUCAGUGCUCUUUAUAAGAACACUAAGGAAUGGACCAAGAAGGUCAUCCACAACAUUGCUGGUUGUGGCAAAUUCUCCAGUGACCGCACCAUCAGCCAGUAUGCCCGUGAGAUCUGGGGCAUGGAGCCCAGCCUGGAGAAAAUCGCUGCACCCGAUGACACCCAUUAAGUCGUUUUAAAAAGUUUAUCGUUGUAGCUGUUCUCGCAUUCAAUUUAUUUACCAUUGUGAAGAUGUAUACAAGUAAAUGCUAUAAGAGGUUAGUCUCUCUUACCAUCAGACAGCCAGAAUACCUCACACGACUUCUCUCUUUCCCUCCUCUAGCGACGAGCCGUCUUUGCAUCUAGCUUUGUGGCAUGUUUAUGUACUUUAUAUGUUGGUGUAAGAAUGCUACUUUUUCUGUGUUGUAUUAUGAAGAGCUAUUAUGUAUUUGUCUUUAAACGUUGUCUGUCAGUUCACACUGUGAGGUCAAAGGCCAGAGCAAAAACUCUUAUAUAGAUUUUGACACACAUUUGAGCAUGACUGUUACAGAUACAAAUUGUGAACAUUUGGGAGUGAUGUUUCUUGAAUAUUUGUUUGAAUUGGGUUUUAGAAAAGCAGACUGAUUUAUAAAGAAUAAAUUUGGCUGACAGGCAGUCUAUGCAUCAAAUAAGCAGUCUGCACAUUGAGGAUUUCAGAUUUGGUAUAAAAGUAUUACAGUUUUACUGUUUCUGUUAAGAACACCUGCUCUGAUUUUUUCUUUUAGGCCUUCUGACCUUUAUAACUACAAAAAGCUGCCUUAAACAAGUACUGUUUUAUACUGUGUAUGUUUAGGUCUGUUCGUCUCUAGUUUGCUUGAUGAUUAUGUCAUAUACAUCCACCUGCAGAGCUCUUCCAAUUAGCUCUUUAGGAAUGAUCUGUCACCUCUGACCUCGUAAAGCGUCGCUCAGUGUACUUAUACUACUGUGAGGCUGUGUUUGAGAUAUUAUGAUGGGUGCACUGCUGAGAUAACUGAUAUAGCAGAACUAAUAUAACACUGACGUUUGACACUGAAAGUAUGAUAGUUCUAUAUUCUUAGAGAAUAGGAAACUGAGAUUUAACAAAAAUGUAAGUGCAAUGCGUAAUUUAAAGCAACUUUCUGGUUUCUGGGCCUGUGCAGAUUUGAAGGCUGCCACCAUCCCUUCAGCGUAACAAUCUGGUGGAGGUCUUUGUUUUAUCUGAAUGUUUUUCCUGUGUUGUUGAUGACAAGCAACGCACAUUAAAUAGUCUUGUCGAAACCCAAGAGUGACAAAAUAAGAAAAUAAACAAUGAAAGAACCAUU